AGUGUUUUGUUUCUCACACUGUGUGCUGCGCAGUUCCUGACGCAUGUAAACACUCCCAGUCCAGUUCAGCUGCUGUGUCUUUGUCCUUCUCUGUCCGAACCGAACCGGAUCAUGCUGCUCCGGUCCUGCUGUGUUUACGGCGCAGGGAUCCUCUGCGUUCUGCUGUUAAUCGCCGGGAUUGCGAUGGCUUUGGCGCAGGUCUUCCAGAAGCUCAUAAACAACACAAUAAAAGAGCAAGUAGUUCUGGAAAAUGGAACGGAGGCAUUUUCGGUGUGGCGAGACCCACCGCCGCCGGUUUACAUGCAGUUUUACUUCUUUAAUCUGACCAAUCCUGCAGAGGUUCUGGAAGGAGACAAACCCUUCGUCCUGCAGAUCGGCCCGUACACGUACAGGGAGUAUCGGCCGAAGGAGGAAGUGAAAUUUAUGGACAACGGAACCAGAGUGGCGGCUGUCAAUCCAAAGACAUACGUGUUUGAGCCCAACAUGUCACGGGGAUCUGAGGAGGACAUCGUCCGAACGGUCGACAUCCCUGUUGUGACCGCGAUGGAGAAAUUCAAAGAUACCCUCUUGGUCAGUCGCAUCAUCUCUGACGUGAUGAAAGCAAAGGGCAUCGGCAUGUUCAGGACGUUCAGAGUCGGUGACCUGCUGUGGGGUUAUGAAGAUCCACUGCUCAAAGAACUCAAACAGUUUGUGUCGGAUGACCACUUUGGACUUUUCUUCAAGAAAAAUAGCACCGAUGACGGUGAUUAUAUUUUCUUCACGGGGAAGCAGAAUUAUCAGGACUUUGCUCGUAUAGACGAGUGGAACGGACAGAGUACAUUGAACUGGUGGAGUACAAAAGAGUGUAAUAUGAUCAACGGCACCGAUGGAGCGUCUUUCCAUCCGAUCAUCACAAAAACAGAGAAACUCUAUAUAUUCUCUUCUGAUCUGUGCAGGUCUAUAUAUGCCCAGUACGAGUCUGACGUGAGCGUACGAGGGGUUCCCGGUUUCCGUUUUGUCCCACCCAGCGAGGUUUUCGCUAAUCUUACGAUUAACCCAGAUAACGCAGGCUUCUGCGUGCCGGCUGGGAACUGUCUCGGCUCCGGCCUCCUCAACGCCAGCGUCUGCAAAGAAGGUGCGCCCAUCAUCAUGUCCUCCCCUCAUUUCUACCAGGCAGACAACAAAUUCGUCCAGGAUGUGCUCGGGAUGAAUCCCAACAAGGAGGAGCAUGAGACGGUCAUUGACGUCAACCCGCUCACUGGACUGUUGCUUCGGGGUGCGAAGCGUGUUCAGGUGAACGUCUACCUGCAUCAGAUCCCAGCGUUCAGUCAAACUGAGAAGAUCCAGACGCUGGUGUUUCCAGUGAUGUACCUUAAUGAGAGCAUCGUUAUUGACGAGGAAUCUGCCAAGAAGCUGUACGCGGUGGUUACCAAGGCUAAUGUGAUCGUCAACAUCCCCUUCAUAGUGAUCAGUGUGGGCAUCUUACUGGGCGUCAUCUUCAUCGUGUUCAUGUGCCGCCAGCAGACGCCAGCGAGCUCCGAGCAGCAGCCCCUGCUUUCAUCGUAAACUCCCCGGACGUCAUGAUGAACUAACAUGCGUUUAGACAUUGAGCUUGAUUUCAUUUUCACAAGUCCUGAUUAGGUUCAAGGAGCAUCGGUGUAUGCGGCAGACGACUCAAAGUGCAAAGUUUGUCUCAGGUCACCUGGCCGUCGGAACUUGCAAACGUGUUUUUUUAAUGCAUUUAAUGCAAUACUUUAGACAACUGAUCAUCACAGAACCAAAUAGUGCAGGCGUGUCCAAAUUAGCCAAUGAGUUUUAUGUCCAAAAACUGCAAUUACAUCAGAAAACACUAAUAGAGUGACGGCAGACGUGAUGCAACACAUUACACAUCACCGCUCGAGAUACAUCACAACUAUAUUAAUACACUUAUGCAACUGCAAUGAGCGCAUCUGGCAAAUAAACUGACAGCGGUGCUAAUUCAUGCUGAUUUCAAUAAUUAUGUAAGUUUUAGUCUGCUUCUCACGAGUCUGACAGUCAAUAAUGUUGCCACAUGCAUUUUAAAUCACUAAAUACAUGUUUAAAAUGACCAAAUGACUUGGUUUGUAUUUGCACUUGUUUUCUCCUCUGCCAUGUUUUCUUAGAUGCAAACCAAGAUUUUGAUGGAACAUUGGCUCAAUAAUGUUUUUAGAGUCAAUUAAUAACACUUUUACAAUAUUUCUGACAUAUGACUACAAUAAAUUGACUGUAAUCACUGAUUUAAACUCUAGAAUAACAGCCUUGCUUUCUGUGUUCUGUGUUAUAUAUGCAGUAUAAAGAGUUUCAUGGUUUCUCCAGCACAGUAUUACCACAGCAUUGAGAAGAUUCAGCUUGAAUGUUUCAUUAUCACAAACAUAUUCAGUGUUCGUUUAGCUCAUUUACAUGCACUGAUCUGUCAGGGAUGGCUAGUUUUUAUUUUUGUUUAUGUUUAUUAAA